UCCUCGUUAUUGAGGUUAAUGCAUACUAUUAAGUAGUUAGUUUAUCUAUGUAAUAGAAAUUUGAGGACAAGCAUAAGGAUUUUCCCAAAAUAUGAGUCAGAAGUGUAUACAACUUCAUCUUCAAUCGUCAUAUUUUGAAUGUUUCAAGAGAAAUUUCAUGACAAGUUUAAGACCAAAAUUAAAAGAAUUUAUAGUUGCUAAUUAACUUUCUCUGUUUCUAUUACUGAAGUUACAAAAUGGACCGUGGAAACUACCAACGUGGUGGCGGCGACAACACCGGCAGGGGCAGAGGUAACCGUGGUCGGGGUGGAAGGGGUGGGACCCAUGUCGGUGGUGGAAGGGGUGGGCCCCAAAUGGGUUCAUUUCAUCAGCCUCCACAGCAAUGGGGGAAUCAGCCAAGGGGGUCGGGUCAAUAUCAGUUUCGUGGAGCUCCGCCGGGUCGUGGUGGUACUUGGGUCAACCAACCGGUCCAACGUGGUGGUGGUAACGCUUGGCAACGGCCACAACAGCAGGGUAGUGGUGUUCCAAUCACUGCUUGGGCCCGACCACCACCGCAGCAGCCACAGCAACAGGGUAGUGGUGGUGGAGUUGCUACUGCUUGGGCCCGGCCGCCGCCGCCGCCACAGGAGGUUGUGGAUCGUCCUCAAUCUUCUGAUCCUGUUCAUGUUGAUAUGGGGUCCCUGAAAAUUACAGAAGCGAGUUCAUCAGAAAGUUCUAAGGAAAAACGUGUACCAGUCGCACGACCUGAUACUGGAAAAAAUUGUGUAAAGCAAAUUGAGCUGCUGGCUAAUCAUUUUGUUGUUGCAUUUGAUCCCCACUCUACCAUUAUGCAUUAUGAUGUGAAUAUUCAACAACAGGCUGAUGAGAAUCGGCCUGUGAAGAAUCUAACAAACAAGUCUGUUCUCCAUAUGAUAAGAGCAAAGCUGUGCAGGGAUAACCCUAUUCGAUUUCCCCUAGAUAAUACUGCAUAUGACGGUAACAAGAACAUUUUCAGUGCUGUUCAACUUCCUACUGGGUGUUUUGCUGUGAACUGGUCUGACGGGGAAGAUUUUAAGUCACGCACUUAUGACAUUACCAUCAACCUUGUUGCUGAAUUACAACUUAGGAAGCUGGAACAAUAUUUGAGUGGAAACCUUUCGUAUACUCCUCGUGAUAUACUGCAAGGAAUGGAUUUGUUUAUGAAAGAUAAUCCUUCUAGACACAGGAUUUCUGUAGGUCGUUGUUUCUACUCUAAGAAUCCUCAUAAAGACUUUAGAUUCGGGGCUGCUGCAUAUAAAGGUUUUCAGCAGAGCUUAAAGCCUACAGAAGCAGGGUUGGCGUUGUGCUUAGAUUACUCAGUUUUGGCACUCCGGAAACCAAUGUCAGUGCUAAACUAUCUGAGGAACUAUUUUCAAAUACCUAAAGAAGAUAUUUUCAGGUACAACCAUCAAGCUGCACAUGAUGCAUUAAAGGGUUUGAAAGUCACAGUAAAUCAUCGUCGUACAAGCCAGAAGUUUGUUAUUAAGAAGCUAACGGAUCGCAAAACUAGUGAAAUUACUUUCCCCCUUGAAGAUCCAGAAGGCAAAGAUCCCCCAAGGGAUGUUCUUCUUGUUGAAUACUUCAGGGAUAAAUAUCAGCGGGAGAUUCAGUUCAAGGAUUUUCCUUCAUUAGAUGUUGGAAAAGGUAGUAAGAUAAACUAUGUCCCAAUGGAAUUCUGUGUCUUGGUUGAGGGACAACGGUUUCCUAAGGAGGAGUUGGACAAGGCAUCUGCUAUGUUUUUGAAGAACAUGUCAUUAGCUCAACCCAACGAGAGAAAGGAGGCAACUUGUGAAAUGGUAAAGGCUGAAGAUGGGCCGUGCGGGGCUAUCACCGAUAAUUUUGGGAUCAAAGUUGAUAAGAACAUGACCGGUGUUGUCGGUCGUGUUCUUCCUCCCCCUGAUUUGAAGCUAGGCGGUCAAAGUCCACUUCGUGUGAAUGAUAAGUGCCAGUGGAACCUUGUUGGGAAAUCUGUGGUGGAAGGCAAGGCACUUCAACGAUGGGCUUUGAUAGAUUUUAGCUCUAAGGAACGCAACUGGCUAAGAGUUGACGAGUUUGUCAUCGGAUUGAGAGAUCGGUGCAGCAAAUUGAGUAUUAAUAUGGAAGGACCUGCUGAAGUACAUUUGACUGACAUGCAUGAACUCUCUGAAGUUGGCAAGGUUGAAAAACUUCUCAAUUUUGUGGUUGAUGCAGCUAAACGGAAAAUCAAUGGUAAACUUCAAAUGAUAGUUUGUGUUAUGACAUCAAAGCAUAAUGGGUACAAAUAUCUUAAAUGGGUAUCUGAGACAAAAAUCGGCGUGGUAACCCAGUGUUGCUUGUCUACUAAUGCCAACAAGGGACAGGAUCAGUAUCUUGCAAACCUCUGUAUGAAGAUUAAUGCAAAACUUGGGGGCAGCAAUAUGGAACUUAUGCAAAGACUCCCUAAUUUUAGAAAUGGAGACAAUGUCAUGUUCAUCGGAGCUGAUGUUAAUCAUCCUACUUCCCGGGAUGCUGACAAAUAUCCAUCCAUAGCAGCCGUUGUUGCCACCAUUAACUGGCCAGCUGCUAAUAGAUAUGCUGCUAGAGUUUGUCCUCAGAAACACAGGACUGAGAAGAUUCUAGAGUUUGGAAAGAUGUGUGCAGACCUAGUUCGUACUUAUGAGGAACUCAACUCUGUUAAACCAAACAAAAUUGUUGUUUUCCGUGAUGGUGUGAGUGGGAGUCAAUUUGAUAUGGUACUCAACGAAGAGUUGAAUGAUUUGGUAAAAGAUAUAUACGAUCGUUACAAGUAUAAACCUGAAAUCACUCUUGUUGUGGCUCAGAAAAGACACCAUACGCGACUAUUUCCUAGGGAGGGAAAUGUGCCUCCAGGUACUGUUGUGGAUACGCAAAUUGUUCAUCCAUUUGAUUUUGACUUCUAUCUUUGCAGCCACUUUGGACAGUUGGGUACUAGCAAGGCAACUCACUAUCAUGUUCUAUGGGAUGAGAAUGGUUUCAAUUCUGACAUCUUACAACGUCUUAUAUACAACAUGUGCUUCACUUUUGCGCGAUGCACUAAACCUGUCUCACUUGUUCCACCAGUUUACUACGCAGACCUUGUUGCUUACAGGGGACGGAUGUUCCAGGAGGUGGUUAUGGAGAUGAACGCUUCUAGCUCUACAACUUCACCUGCCUCAUUUGAACAAAGAUUUUAUAAUUUGCAGCCUGAUUUGCAGAACAUUAUGUUUUUUGUCUGAUGGCACACUUUUUUUACCACACUGGGGAAGAGAUGAUUGUCUACAUUUUGGAGAGUUUCUAAUGGGAUUUCAUGCUUCUUUUAUUCUCUAUGCAUUGAUGUCUUAAUGGUUUGAUUAUGUUUUAAUAAUUUUACUUUUACAUGUCCCGUAUUAUGUAUUCCCAGUCAAGUUGUUAAUAAAUUUGUGUUCAUGUCUCUCUCUCUCUGUUAUUCAAUGUGAUAACAUUUUCUCACUUUCUGUUUUUCCCUUACUGAAAAAAAAAAAAAAAAAAAAAAACUUGAGAGACCUUAA